AUGUUAUCAGAAUGGAGACGCUCAGGAUUAAAACGAUAUGCUCUCAGAAGAUGUGGGGAUUUUAUAUUUGUAGGACACCUCCCUGCCGUUAUAGUGAUUUUGUACACGAUUAUUUUAACAGGAGCAGCAUUUCAUAUUGAUUCAGUCAUGGAUAGUCCACCUAUGGUUGCGAUGAGUCUCUUAAUGUUGGGAUGUUCCGGAUGCUGUGUCGUUACAUCUGUACUUCUUUUGAUUGGACUGUGCGUCGACAGUCGUAUGCUUCUAAUUCCUUGGUUAAUAUCUGUUUUUUCAACUACAGCUAUGGAUAUUAUCAUAUCUAUUUAUCUUUUAAUUGAUGCACAAUUCAAUACAUUUUUGGUCAGCUUGUUUUCGAUUGAUUUUAUCCUGUGUGCACUAAAUGUAAGUAUUUCUUUCCUUAUAUUUACCGUUUAUAUUUUUAAAUAA